AUGACAACCGUCGAACUCCAUUGUACAAACAGAUGGCUCAAUACGUUUCCAGAGCCGGAAAAGCUGAAAGAUGCCACUAAAGUGGAGAACGCACGAAAUCAAAUCCAUUCGCUGAGUGAAGUUUCUUCAUGUAACCUACGAGUAAUUGUACUCACUUAUGCACUCUGUUCUCAUCCCAGCUAUAAACGCAAGGUGAAGGAAAAUCAGGAAAUUGUUUGCUAUAGCACACAUGAUGGUGAACAAGCGAAGCCAAAGUCUCUGGUGCUUAUGGAGGAAUAUCAUAAAAACACCUUCAAAAGGGAAUACGCUCUUGGUCCGGAUAGGCCACCUGUAGAUAUGGAGCAUAUGGAGCGUGUGGAAAAGGCUAUUGAGAAGAUACAACAGCAAAUUCAGAACAAGGAGAAACUGUUGAAGCUUGCUGGCCAAAAGCUGUAG